CUAAGUCUGCCGUUUAAAAAAAAAUAGAUUAAAUAAAUCUUGGAUCCGCCAAUCCUUAAAACUAUGAUGAAAAUCUCUCUUUCGAUUGAGGAAAGAAAACAUAUAAAAAAAAAAAAAUCAGAUAUAUUUUUUUUGGCAAAAUCUUAAGCGGAAGUAUUAAAAAAAGAAACACUAAAUCAACUCAAUGAAUGAGAUAUGUUCUUAUGAAUGGGCGAGGUAGAUAGAAGAGCGUACGAGUUCACAGAAAACAUGGAGAUGACCCGAAGGAACCGAUGAACCCUAUUAGCGACACGCGGCGGUAAAAAAAAUAAACCAUUAUCUUGGAUACGAGAUACGAGAUAUCGGGCGCCUUAGAUACCCAAGAGUUUAAUUCCCUGGCUGGUGGCGUACCGAUAAAGGGUACGCCGGAUACUCCCUCACCCCUCCAUUUCCUGCGGCUCCUGGGACAAUGGUAGCCAGUCUUGGCAGCCUGCUCCUCCUGGCCGGAACCGAACCUUGGGCAUGCUAGCAACUCCACCUCCUUCCUCAACCUCCGUACUCGACCCAUCUUCGGGCAGCUGGAUAUAUUGGAUCCCUGUGAUGAUAUACCAUCAACGAUGGAUAUAGAUAUGGAGACCUGCAUUAUAUCCGGGAAAGGUGAUAGUAUAAUGGAUAUAACUAUUUUGAGCAGUGCUGAAAGUGAGGAUGCAACAUUAUGGGCUAAUUACUUGUCAUCAUGUUUUCAAGAAAUUCCCAAAGAAGAAAAUAGACCUCCUUUCAAGUUAGCAAGAGUAAUGAUUGAAAAUGUCCUCAUGGGUCUUCCAGUUGAAGGCUCUUCUGGAUCGAGACUUCAAAUUGUUAUCAUCUGCCCUAAGUUCUUGCGAGUCCUUUCGACGAGCCAAGGCGUACCCAUUCUUGCAACAAUGUUGCAGCCAGCAACAGUCCUUGCAAUGCUACUUGGCGUCACUGCGCAGGCUUUAGAGAUGCAUCAGUAUGCAGGUCUCUUCAGGUUUGACCAGUGGAGGAAGAUGACAGUUAAGGACAAAGACAAAACAUUUGUUGGCGACUUCCUCGGUGUGGCAAUGGAUGUUCUCAGUCGAUCCUGGCAACUGCAGCAAGCCAUUCAACAGAUCAAGUGUGAUACAACUCGAUCUCACUUUUCUAUAAUACCUAAAAAGGUCAAAAUAACUCAGAACAAAGUUCUAGUCCUUCUUAAUGACCCACUAUGUAAUGCAGACAAGAUAAAUAUAACAGUAGAAAAAACAGGGCAAAAGCUUGAAAUUACAUCUAUCAAGAGAAGGAACCCUUACACACUUCAAUUUACAAUGCCUAGUGUGUGUCUACAAAUGUCUCAAUUAGUCGCAAUAAAUGUAGAAAGGAAUGGGAGGUCCAUUGGUCAUCGUCUAGUCAAGUGCGAAUGUCGUCUGAGAGAGUUGGACCAAUUGCUUAAGACUGCCGACAAUCCCUUAGCAUUCAUGUGCCAGGCCUUAGGGAUCAAUGGAGGUGACAGGGACCAGUUGGAUUCAUUUCUGGUUGCCUCAUUACAGAGAAAUAUUCCACCCAAUUUCAAUUUAUUGAAUGCAGCAAUGACAAGCAAUUGCACAAGCAGGGAAGAAUACCCGACUUUACUGCAUUUUGCUGCACGUUUUGGAUUGGAGAAGCUUUGCUGGCAACUUCUUGAAUGUCCAGGAGGUGAAGCAGCCUGUCAAAUUAGAAAUGGCAAUCAGCUGGGCCCAGCAGAAUUAGCGGAGAAAGCAGGGCACACCAGCCUCGCACAAGCACUAAAUUCUUACUUGCAAAUGACAGAACUCUCAAGCAUGUAUACUUAUAUGAAUGCUUACCUGAAAAACACUACUGAGAAACCUCAAGACUUUGGCGAAGGGAAUUACCUAUUGCCUAGGCCGUUGAGUGACACAUACCUUGUUCCACCAAAAGCACGUCCUGUCACACCCACUGGUGAACCGCCAUCACCAAGAUCACCAUUCCCACCCACAACUCUAAACCUUUCACAUCCUAUCACUAACCAGAAAACCCCUCCAUCCCCCUAGUAUUAGAUCCGCUCGAGAAUUACCAAUCACCUCCUCAAGCUCGACCAUUUACUCCUAUGACUCCAUCUACGCCAAAUACACCAACUGACCACUUCUCAGCUUAUCUCCAAAUGCAUUCUCCAAUGUCAGAUACUUCGAGUACUAAUUUUGAACACAUUUUAAGCCCAGAGAAGAAAUAUUCUUCCUUUCCUGGAAGUGACAGUGCUUCUCUUUCUAGUAGUGGUAGUCAUCAUUACAUGAACACAGGCAGGUGUGGAAGCAGCGCUUGCGGGAGCAGUAUAUCCAGUAAAAUGAGUCCAGAUGACGAAUUAGCAGAAAUCAUCAAUGACUUUAAAAAUAAUGUAUAUACCAUAAGUGAAUUAGAAAAAUUAGUCGAAGCAUGGAAAAAUAGAAAUGAUGUACAACAAUCAUUUAGGGAUAAAAAGGAACAAAUAAAUAAAAUGAGGCAAGAAUAUGAAAGGAUCCAACUUAAAAUGAAAGAACAACUGAAAAGGCCAACACCACUUGACAGGAUCAAGAAGUUUUUUUCUAGGAAAUUCAAACAUGAAGCUGGCAGCAAAGAAAAGGGUACAGCAGACUCUGUUUCUCAGAGGCCAGUUAGCAGUUUAAGCCUACACAGCUCAUGCAGUUCCUCAUCCUCUGGUAGGAUGAGCACAACAAGCGGAGUGAGCCUAGGCGAUAGUGGGACCCAUUCUGAUCCUGAAGAAAAAAAGACUGAAAUAGCGUUAGAAAAAGUUAGCCCUUCUCCAGCAUUUUAUGAGCGAUUGCGACGUCAAGAGUCAGCUCCCGACGAAUAUGUGACUGCUUCUUAUUCUGAAAAAUGUAAUCUUCCUCACCCGCCAGUUGUGACACGAACAGUAGUAGAUGUACACAGAAGUGACAUUUUGGAAGAAUCUCAGGAAGAAAAUUCAGACCAAACUGUAAAGACGGUUGAAGAAUUGGUAGAACGGUUUGAAAGCCUACAAAACAUGGAUGAUAGCAACUACAUAAACCCGGAUUUGAUAGAAACAGAGCAAAAAGUCAAAAUUGAGUCUAAUGAGGGAAGAAAGGAUAAAUCUGAAAUUGAAAUUUUAGAACAAAGUGAAAAACUUUUAAAAAGCAUGGCAAGUAGUUUGCCUAACAAAGAUUACAUUGAUAUUUUAUCACCUCCUGAAUCUGCUUUUAUGAAUGGAGAUGAUGAAGUAGAAUCUGAAGUCAUAGGUGAAAAAAAAUCAAAUUUACAUAAUCAAACAAAUCCUGAAGAUACCAAAGAAGCAUUGACCAAAGACGAUGAUGAUAGUUGUUUUGAGAAGAUUGAACAAUCUGAUCAAAGUAAACUUGAGGAAAACUUCAUCGAUACAGCACUAACCAAAGAUACAAUAGUACUUAAUGAGGAAAAACUUGUUAACCAUGUAUUUAACAAUAACGUGCAUGAAUACAUGAAUGUAUCUAGUUACCUUCCUCCCCCUAUACCACCUCGAUGCAAAUACAAGAAUGUAUUAUUGUAAAAAUUAAACUUGUAAAUUUAUAAUUGUAAAUAUCAUUUUUUUUAUAAAUGUACAGCACAUAUUAAUGGAUUCUUAUGAUAUAUUUAUUUAUUGUGUAAUAUAUGGAAUAGAUGUGUUUGUGCCAAGUAUGAUCUGGUAUUGUUGGUAGGAGAAUAAAAAAAUAAUUUAAAACAAAAAUUGUAUUUUUAAUUUUAUUACAGACUGCUGAAAUGUAAUUAUGUAUCAUGACAAGAUCUUACUGUGUAAGCUAUAAGUUUAUAAUGUAUUUAAUUUAAUUAAGUAAAUAUUUUUUAUAUGUGUUUAUCCAUAAAUAAAUAAGUAUUUUAUGA